AUGUUGAAGCGACAGUAUUCGCCGACUCCGUCGGAGAACGAGGUGGACAUUCUAGGGCCACUCUUUGCGGAGGAACUGGACGGGUUUGCCGGCUUUGACGUCGACGAGAACAGCAACGAUGGGCGGCAACAGAAGAGGGUCAAGGCGAUGGCCAUGCAGCCGGAGGACCUCGACCUGGGCGCGAUCCUGGACGGGCGAGGUGGCGGUGCAGGAACGUACGGACAGGGCGACAGCGAGGAGGAUGACGAGGCAUACAUUGCGCUGCAGCAGGCUGCAGCAUUCCGCAAGUCGAGCAACCUCAAGGGCAACACGGUGAAGAAGGGCGGUGGAUUCCAGGCUCUGGGGCUGAACGCGAACCUGCUGCGGGCAAUCACACGCAAGGGUUUCUCGGUGCCGACGCCGAUCCAGCGGAAGACGAUCCCGCUGAUCAUGGGACGCCGCGAUGUGGUGGGCAUGGCACGAACAGGUUCGGGCAAGACGGCAGCGUUUGUGAUCCCGAUGAUCGAGCGACUGCGAGCACACAGCGCGCGGGUGGGAGCGCGGGCACUGGUGCUGUCGCCGUCGCGCGAGCUGGCGCUGCAGACGCUCAAGGUGGUCAAGGAGCUGGGCAAGGGAACGGACCUGAAGACGAUCCUGCUGGUGGGAGGUGACAGUCUGGAGGAGCAGUUUGGGCUGGUGGCGUCGAACCCGGACAUUGUGAUUGCAACGCCGGGCCGGUUUCUGCAUCUCAAGGUGGAAAUGUCGCUGGACCUGUCGUCGGUGCGGUAUGUUGUGUUUGACGAGGCGGACCGGCUGUUUGAGAUGGGGUUUGCGGCGCAGCUGACGGAGAUCCUGCACGCGUUGCCACCGUCGCGGCAGACGCUGCUCUUCUCGGCAACGCUGCCGUCGACGCUGGUGGAGUUUGCCCGGGCAGGGCUGCAGGACCCAAGUCUGGUGCGGCUGGAUGCGGAGACGAAGAUCUCGCCGGACCUGCAGAGCGCCUUUUUCAGCGUCAAGGGCAGCGAGAAGGAGGGCGCGCUGCUGCACCUGCUGCACGACGUGAUCGGGAUGCCGCUCGGACAGCCGGCCGGGCCAGCGGAGGCAGCGGAAGGCCAGUUUGCCGACGAGGGGUCGAAGAAGCGCAAGCGAGACGCGAGCCGGGUGUCCUUCCGCGAGAAGCCGACGGAGCACUCGACGAUUGUGUUUGCGGCGACGAAGCACCACGUGGAAUACGUGGCGGCAGUGCUGCGCGAAGCCGGGUUUGCGGUGUCGUACGUGUACGGCUCGCUGGACCAGACGGCGCGCAAGAUGCACGUGGACGACUUCCGGCGCGGGCGGACGAACAUCCUGGUGGUGACGGACCUGGCGGCACGCGGCAUCGACAUCCCGGUGCUGGCCAACGUGAUCAACUACGACUUUCCACCGCAGGCCAAGGUGUUUGUGCACCGGGUGGGCCGGACGGCGCGAGCAGGCCAGCGUGGCUGGAGCUACAGUCUGGUGCAGGACACGGACGCGCCGUAUCUGGUGGACCUGCAGCUGUUCCUGGGGCGGCGGCUAGUAGUCGGGCGCGAGGUGGCGGCCGGGGCGGCGGCACCCGAUAUGGGCCAGGACGUGGUGGUGGGCUCGCUGGCGCGCAGCGCAGUAGAGCCGCACGUCGAAUGGGUCAACACGCUGCUGUCAGACGUGACGGACGUGGAGGUGCUGCGGACGGUGACAGUCAAGGCGCAACGGCAGUACUACCGAACGCGGCUGUCGGCGUCGAGCCAGAGCGCACGGCGAGCUCGCGAGAUGGUGGCCGGACCGGGAUGGGGACAGCUGCACGUGCUGUUUGCGGCAGACGACGCAGACACAGCGGCGAGCGGGACGACAGGCGAGACACGGGCCGAGAUGCUGGCCAAGAUCACCGGGUACAAGCCGGUGGAGUCGAUCUUUGAGGUCAGCAUGCAGGGCGGCAAGAAAGCGACGAAGAGCGAGGCGGCCGUGAUCAUGCGGACGAUGCGAAAGAAGCUGGGGCCGCGGAAGACGGCGGCGAAGGCGGAGGAAGGGGACGAAGGGGACGAAGAAGAUGAGGUGGAUGUGGCUGACAAGACAGCGGGCAUGGAUCUGAGCAAGUUUGACUCGGACGCAGAGGAGGAUGUCGGUGAGGUCGACAUGGACUCAGACCUAGACAGCGACACGGAACAGGUGACGGUGGCAGACGACGCGACACACAGCGGCGGACCGACAUGGCUGGACAAGUCGGUGUACAUGACAUACACGCCGCGGACGGGCGGCAGCAUCAGCCGGCGUGCAGCCGAGGAGCGAGGGUACGGGGUGCAUGCGACGGGUGCGGACGAGGCCGGUUCGCUGAGCUUUGCGGCGGCAGCGCGGGAUGCGACGAUGGAUCUGACCAACGACGAGACGGCCAAGGCGUUUGGGGUGCCGACGCGGUCGAAGAUGCGGUGGGACAAGAAGCAGCACAAGUACGUGUCGCGGACAAACGACGAAGACGGGAGUCGAGCCAUGGCGAGUGGUCGAUCGGGAGCUGACGGUGCCGGCGGUGGCAAGCGGAUGAUCCGUGGCGAGAGCGGCGUCAAGAUUGCGGCAUCGUUUCGCAGCGGCCGCUUCGACAAGUGGCGACGGGCCAACCGGCUGGGAUCGCUUCCACGCGUCGGUGAGAACGAGCGCGCCGGACUGUCGCGGCAGGUUGGCGUGGCCGACAGUUUUGGUGGUGGCGUCGGACUCGGCUCGCGCGGCGGUCACUUCUGGCACAAGAAGGAACUGGCACCCAAGGAGGCUGACCGGUUCCGCGACGAUUUCCACGUGCGCAAGAAGCGCGUGGCCGAGGCGCGCGAAAACCGCGUCGGACGGUUUCGUGAUGGCGACGGCAGCCGCGGUGAAGAGCAGAUGUAG